AUGGACACAAAUGUUACCCUACAUGCAAACAAUAUCGCGGAAGAGUCCCAAAACGGUCAUCCAGCCAUCGCCGAUCCCAAACCCAACCACACCAAUUCCAACUCUAACAACUCCAAGAAGGAAUCCUUAUUGACCUCGUCAUCGGACGAAAGCGAUAUCGAACCCGAUCUCGUGCAGACCAUCAACCACAACGUUCUGCCACCUUUCGUGUUGGCCCUUAAGGAAUUCGUCAAGCCGGAAGAGGACAGCAAUAGUUUCUUGCAGCGGUACUUCAGCAACCACAGCAAUAGUUUACCGUCGAAAAUGACGAUGGCGUCGAGGAGGUUGUCCCAGUGCAGGGAGGAGGAUGAAGAGGAGGAGAAGAAAGAACCUUCGAAUAUGGAGAUGAUUUGCGGAAGCGAUAAAUCCCUAUCGGAAUCUUCAAGCGGAUCCAAAACGUCUGUGAUAGAUACAAUCAGUGGUCCGACCCACAAAUUUGUGAUAACCAAAACCAAAACAGUGAAUGAGACCAAAAAGGAAAAUGAGAAACCUGAUGAUAACCCAGAAACGGAAAAAGACGCCGCUACUAGUACCGCCAGCACUAAAAAGGAACUGUCAGAAGCCGCCAAAAUUUUUGCCAGGAAUAAGAAGUACAGGAUGGCCAAUACUGUGAUGGGAGUGCCUUCCAAAGAUGCCGCUAGGGCUUCGGUGAGGAAUAUUUUCAGAUCACCGUUGCAAAGUCCGCAUUACGAUGCCAAAUUCUUUGAUUCGUCGCUGAUUGCCAUGAAGAGUCAGAAUUCUAGUAGUUCUACUGUCGAUUAUGUUGGUAGCGCCGAAGAUAUUUGGGUUAAGAUGCCGGAUACCAAAAAAGAAUUGGGUUCGCAACAUCUCCCGCAAACCACGCAAGAUGAUUCCCUGUUACCCAGGCCGAGAUCGGGCACCUGGAGCGCCAAAACGGACAAACACAAAUCCAAGGAGGAGUCGAAACGUAAAAAAGACAGAGAACCCAAGAGCGCCUCGACCUCCAGGUCGAAUUCGUCAGAAAGACGUGGAUCGGUGGACUCCAGUCCCAAAAAGCACGGAUUCAGAAAAAGGUCAAACUCGGACGCCGGUAAGAGAAAGGGCAGCACUUUUAUGGCAUCAAUGAAAAGUGCUAUGGUGCACACCGGCUUGAUUCACACCAAGAAACCCAGAGACGGCUCCGCCCAUCCUGUCCAAGACGACGACGAAAGUGACACAAAAUACUAUCACACGGUCACCGCGGCCGCCUCGGCCAGCCGCGGUCCCAUGACCAAAGUCAUGGAUAUAUUUAGGAAACCGCAUACUCCGUCGCCGACGCCGCCUCACGAGGACGAGAAAGAGAAGGAGAAGAAGGACAAAAAGAAAGAUAAAUAUUCCGGCGGCUUCAUGAAUUCUCGACCGAAAGCGCCCAGAGACGGCUCGGCCCAUCCGGUUCGCGACGGGUCCGAUACGCAGUACUAUCACACCGUGACGGCUGCUUCGUCGAGUCGCAGUCCCAUGACUAAAGUAAUGGACAUAUUCAGGAAUAGAUCGCACGUCAGCGUGCCGCCCGAAGAUAGAAAGAAGAAACAACACCAACUUGGUGCUCAUUUACGCCAGAGAUCACUAGAUCCAGAAAGACGCCGACAAUCAAUCGGACCUAUCCCGAAUAUCCAUCGGGCUUCCGACGCCUUCUUAGAUCCGCACCAUGCUGCCAUUUUGUUUAGAGAUUCUCGGGGGUUGCCAGUUGUAGAUCCAUUCCUGGAAAAAGUCAAUUUAUCAGAUUUGGAAGAAGACGAGUCACAGAUAUUUGUUAAAUUUUUCAAAUUUCACAAAUGCUACGAUCUGAUUCCAACAUCAGCCAAGCUAGUCGUUUUCGAUACCCAGUUGUUAGUCAAAAAGGCCUUUUUUGCCCUUGUAUAUAAUGGUGUCAGGGCAGCACCGCUGUGGGACAGCACCAAACAGGAGUUCGUCGGCAUGUUAACCAUAACGGAUUUCAUCAAGAUCCUGAGGAUGUACUACAAAUCGCCCGAGGUUCAAAUGGAGGAGCUCGAGGAGCACAAAUUGGACACGUGGCGGCACGUUUUGAAGGACAAGAAACCGUUGAUCAACAUACAACCGGACGCGUCUCUGUACGAUGCCAUAAAGACCUUGAUCCAUAACAGGAUCCACAGAUUGCCCGUAAUCGAUCCCGAAACGGGGAACGUACUGUAUAUUCUAACGCAUAAACGAAUACUUAGGUUUUUAUUUUUGUAUAUUAACGAAUUACCAAAACCCAGUUACAUGCAUAAAACGUUACGGGAACUCAGGAUUGGUUCGUACGACAACAUCGAAAUGGCCUCGGAGGAGACCACUAUAAUUCUAGCUUUAAAGAAAUUCGUCGAAAGGAGAGUAUCAGCCUUGCCUGUGAUCGAUAUCGAAGGAAGACUUGUAGAUAUCUAUGCCAAGUUCGAUGUCAUUAAUCUGGCGGCAGAAAAAACUUAUAACGACUUAGACGUGUCACUGAAGAAGGCCAAUGAACACAGAAACGAGUGGUUCGAGGGUGUAUAUAAAUGUAAAUUAGAUGAAACUUUGUACACUAUUAUGGAGAAAAUUGUUAAAGCAGAAGUUCAUAGGUUAGUUGUUGUAGACGAUGAAGACAAAGUAUUAGGCAUAAUAUCUUUGUCCGAUUUACUAUUGUACCUGGUAUUAAGGCCGUGUGGGGAAGAUGGCGGUACGCCGACAAAUGGUGCUGUCUCUGUCAGAGCUCAGGACAUAAUCAAUCUAGAACCCGCCGACAGGCUGUCGAAAUCGGACGACGAGGUCUCCCAAUCGAUUCCCGAGGAAGAGGAACAUCAAGACGACGAACAGUCGCCGCCGACGCCGACCGAUCCCCAAGAAACCCCCACGGCCGACAACAAACCAGGCGAAGAAUCUGAGGAACCGAAAAAAGACGACGAGUCCGAAAGCAGCGCCCCCAGUUCUCCGACCGUCGACGGGCCCAUCCUGAACUCCCUACAACAACCUGACGGUGCCAUAUUGCAGGAAGUAGCCGUCACGGGCGGGGAGUGA